UUAACGAUAUAAAAGCUUUCAUUAACUGAAAAAAAAGUGAAUCUAGAAUAAGAUAACACAACAAUAAACCAAAAACCCAAAAAGAAAAAAAUUUAUAACAAAAAAAAUUAUGAAAGUGUCACUUAAUUACUGGGAGACCCUAAAAAUCGAAAAUGUCUGACCAAACCUGACCAAAAACUAACCGAAAUAAUCAAACGAAAGGUUAAAAAAACCAAAAAAAAACCAAAAUGGCGAACAUAGGCAAGAUAUUGGCAACAAUAAAAGGUGUUAUAACCCGUAUAGUGUUCGCAUGCCAUGGCAUUAUAGCAAUAUGGCAGGUCACAGUUUCCAAGAAAAACAGUGAGUUCUGGUACCUGGCGUCUCCACUUUUGCUGCUGAUCUUCGAAGGUGUUUUUACCCUGACCAUCAAGGAGAACCAGGAGUGGAAAUGGUUCUGUCCGUCCGUGUUCAUCUACUUGGCACUGACGGUGCCAGCAAUAUGGCUCCUAGAAUUGCACAAGGUCGACAAACGACUGCAUUCUCUGCAGUCCAACAUCACAGAAAUAGAGACACAAAUACUGAUCCCUGGGACGAAGUUGGCCACAGAAAUGUGGGUGACGUUGAUCGAACAGUUCCUGAUGCUCACACUGAUCGUAGGAAGGUGGCUGCUGCCCAAGGGAGACCUGACUAGAGACCAGCUCAGUCAAUUGCUGCUGGUUUAUAUUGGUACUGCAGCUGAUAUAAUAGAGUUCUUCGACUCGUUCAAAGAUGAGAAGGUGGCCACAGAGAAAGUGCUGGUGCUGCUAACCCUGGGGAUCUGGUCGUGGUCCCUGAUGCAGUUCACGGUGGUCCUCACGGCCACCAAGUCCCGGAAGUCCAGAGGAACUGCCAAUAGGUCUGAGAUGAACCCAAGCCGCGCGUGCUGUUGCUCUAUAGAGGUGUGCGCUAUCAUAAUGAACAUAGCCCUACAGGAUGCUCCGUUUUUGGCCUUCCGACUCCUUAUUAUCACACACUAUAGGAUUAUCAACUAUAUGAAUAUAUUCUUCACUUGCAAAAACACACUGGUGAUAUUACUACAAAUAUACCGACUGUACGUGUUGCACCUAGAGAAGGUAGACGAAGUUAACAGUGGUUCGGUCUAUAGAAAGAGACGCAAGCACAAGCCGAGCGAGAGGAAAGAGCGGGACAAAAAACGCAGGGACCCUAAAAUCAAGAAACAAAAGAGGAAGCCCGAAAUCGGUGAAACUUCGAUAGCUGUGAUAAGCGACCCACGAAGAGAUGGUAGAGUUGAGAGCGGGCGUAUUCGAGCUAUCAUCCUCACGAAUACGGACGAAAUAAAGGAGUUAGAACUAUCGAAGUUCUUCAAGGAUCAAGUCACAGUGGACAAAGAAAAGAAAAAAUCGUCAAAAAAGAAACAAAAAUCGGAGUCAUCCGAAGAGUCUCUGAACAACAUCCAACAUACUACCGACGACUCGGGUAUUUGACAUCAUCGGGUACGUCGGGACAGCCCAAAACGCAGUCCCCGCAAGCACAGAGACAAACACGGCGACAGACAGAAAGACAAGAAGAAAAAGCGUCGCGAGUCGAGUGACAGUUCUGACAGCUCCAGUUGAACCUUGGCCUCUUUUUAAAAAGGUUCUAAAAAGAAAAAUAUUGUUGUCUAUGGUUCCGGAAAACGGCCAUUUUUGUGAAAGUUCGAAAAGAAAAUUUUUUGUUGUCUGAGGUUCCGACAUAUGAUAUGACUUUGUCGAGGAGUAAGUUUUUGAGGUUUUAUUGUGGUCAAAAUUCAAAAAUGAGGUAUGAAAGGCAAUAAAUUGUUUUGAAUUGGAAUUUUAAUGAAUUGAUGUGUUGCCUAAAAAGAUUAUUAUUGUUAUGUUUUAUUAUGAAAGUAAAUAAUUAUAGAAUUAUCUACCCAUCUAAUUAAUG